AGGACUACAAGUACCAGGAGCCGGUUUGCCUACGUCUCGUGCGGUGUCGCUGAAUUCGGAGUUUCCGAGUGUCAGAUGAGGCCCCUCUGGAUCGGAGCCGGUGUCCUGGGCUCCAUGGCGCUCAGCUCAGUGCUUUGGGCACAGAGGAGUAAUAAAGCGGCGCAGACGCAUCCCGAUGGUCUCCGCGAAAGCCGAGGUCAGGACGUUCACUAUGAACUCAAGCUGGUUCAAGUCCUCUUCCGGCACGGCGCCCGCACGCCGCUGAAGUCCAUACCUGACGUGCUGGAGGCACAGUGGGCCCCUAACCUUCUGAAAGCUCCAGUCCACACUCAAGUUGAUUAUGUCGUAACAGACUUGAGUGGAGGCCCUCAGCCACCAGCCCCGUUAGAGGACAAAUACAGGGCCAAGAUACUCAGUGGAGGGACAUUUUCUGGUCAGCUGACAACAUUGGGCAUGCAACAACUGUAUGAUCUGGGUGAGAGACUGAGGAAGACAUACAUUGAGGAUUUCCCCUUUCUCACACCCUAUUUCAGCCCUGCUGAGGUCCUCGUCCGUUCCACCAACAUUGUGAGGACAAUAGAGUCUGCCAGAUGUCUGGUGGCUGGACUGUUCCAGCAGAAACAGAAAGACCCUGUGACCAUCUUGACCACAGAGGCUGAAAAUGAGAUCCUGUACCCCAACUACGACAGCUGUCAACUGCUCAAAUUGCUAGGCGGUCCUCGCUGGGCUGAGUCCUCGAAGCUCCCGGACAUUGCUGCUGACCUCAGGAACAUCCAGAGUGACCUGGGCAUCACAGCGCACCAAAAGGUUGACUUUGUCGUCAUACGGGAUGACAUGAUCGCCAGAGAGGUCCAUGGCCUACCGAGUCCACCGGUGUUGGACAGGUGGAGAAGCACAGUGGAGCAGAGAGCUGUGGAGAUGAUGUAUCACAUCUAUGAGCCAAGCAAGGCAAAAAGCCUUCAGCUCAGUGUUGGACCUCUUCUUCAUGCACUGAUUAGCAACAUUGAGGAUAAAAUUCAGGGGAUGCCAUCGGCACGAUCAAGGAAGCUGUUCCUCUACUCUGUCCACGACACAACUCUGAUGCCUUGUCUGAUGGCGCUGGGAAUCUUUGACAUGAAAUGGCCACCCUUUGCUGCGGACAUUACCCUGGAGCUCCAUCAGCACCGCAAAACCAAGGAGGCCUUUGUCAAAGUUUCGUAUGUUGGCAAGGACCAGCUGCUCCCAGGCUGCAGUGGUAUCUACUGUCCUCUGGAGGAGUUCAAAAAGGUGAUGUCUGCCUAUGCAGUGAGCUUUGACCACUAUAGGUCUCUCUGCAAAUGAACAGCGGGUCUCAACCAGCCCUGACAACGGGGGAACACGUCCCCCUCGUGCUGUUUACACCGUCAGUAAAUUUACAAUAUCUUUGUUGCGUAUAAUGUUUUACUUGGUUACUGUGAUCCUAACCAUGAAGGCUUUCUUGACAAGGACACUUUUCACCACAUUGCGUGAUAGCAUUCACUGUAAAUAGGGUGUUGUGCUUCCUGAACACAGCGGCAUCAGUCUUCAGUGCAGCGCUGCGCGUUGCUGCACAACAGAGUCUGGCUCAAUAUUUACCCCACAGUCCCGGUGUGGAAAUACCCAGUGAUUGCAUUGAAAUGCUGUGUUUUUCUUGUAAUUUUUAAUUACUGGAUUCCUGUGCAGCCCCGUAUGAUUGCCCUUUGGCAACAUCUACAGUACUAGUCAAAGGUGUGAGCUGGACACUUUUUUCUUCCCCACAUUGAAAAGCACAAGCAGGAAAUGAGGCAACACGUCUUCUCGGCUUUUCUGCAGCAGUUUCCAGAGAUGUGGGGCACUUGUGUGGUACUUCGCUUUCAUUAUUCUGUGCAGGUUGCCCAGAUGUACACAGACUUUUGACUGGUACUGUGUAGGGGCUAGGUGAAAAGAAGUGGUUUCAAGAAGUACUGUCUAUAAAGCAGCUUUAAGUGGGAGGUUAAACAAAUGUCACCACUUGAAGCAUCAGUUGUGAGCUACACUGUUUUUGUUAGUGUUGCAUGUGUGCACCUGUAAACAUAAUAUAAAGGUUUUGUUGGUU